UAUUAAGUAUAUUUACACUCAUGACCAUUGUCUUUUUUUUUAUUAUUAUUAUGGUGACUCCAAGAUUUUUCAGCGUAAUCGCGCCUUAUCACCUCCUGUUAAGUAUAAAUACUCUCAGUGUCUCGUUGCUUCGCAUAUUAACACAACAAAUAUGGCUUCUGAAAUAAUGUGGAGUUACGAUGAAAAGACGAAGGUCAUCUCGAUGCCUGAAGAUGAUCACAAGACGCAUCCAAAGGGUUUGGGUUACGCCAUGUACGAGGGCAUGAAGAAGUACUCGAAUAACGUAGCACAAAUCGAUGCCGUCACCGGAAAGGAAGAUCUGUAUUCUUCGUUCCUGCAACGCUCCAUCAGAACCGCUCUGGAGAUGAAGAAUUUGGGAAUCGGCGUUGGAGAUUACGUAAGCAUCUGCGCCAGGAAUACUCUGGACAGUUCCAUCCCUUACAUCGCUUCCUCCUUCAUCGGAAGCAUCCUGGCAUCGCUCGACCCGAGUCUCUCCGCCACGGACAUGACUUUCUUGUUAAACGAUUGCAAACCAAAGAUUAUCUUCGUCGAGAUGGAGUGCGAAGAGAUCAUAAGGAAGAUCAUCGCCGAGAAAAAUCUGUGCGUUAAAGUGGUCGUUUUCGAGAAGGAUUUCAAAUUGUUUCUGCAACCUAAGCAAGGCGAGGACAAUUUCGAGUGUUACGUUCCGGAGUGUAACAGCAAGACGGCCGUGAUUCUCUUCAGCAGCGGAACCACCGGAAUGCCAAAAGGGAUUUGCCUCAGUCACAAUUACAUCAUGUACCACAGCCAAGGAAUGUUAACAGAUGUUUUUCUAAAUUUCGCCACUCUUUAUUGGAUUUCCUUGACAAUUGCCUUACCUGCCUUGGUAAUGAACGGAAAGACUCGACUCGUUUGCAAAGAUUACGAGCCGGAAAAGGUUUGGGGAUAUAUCGAAAAAUAUAAGGUGACGAUGAUGCAGCAAACUCCGUACUUGUCCAUUAAAUUGAUGGAAACGUUGCCCAAAAACUUUGUCACAAGUUUACCGACUUUUUUGAUCGGCGGUAAUCAAAUGACGGAAGAAUUUAUGAAGGAAUUGCACAGAGCGAUGCCGAAUACAAAGAUAUGGUUCACUUACGGCCAAACGGAGCUGAUCGGCAUGUGCAAUGCCAGAACACCGCUCAUCAAGAAUAAACUGAAAUCCGUUGGAAUUCCUUUCAUCGGUUGCAGCUACAAGAUAGUUGAUCCGGAAACAGACGAAUGUUUAGGGUUGAACAAACCCGGAGAGAUUCGCGUGAAGAGCAAAUGGUGCAUGAACGGUUAUCUCAACAGAGAUAGCACUGACGCAUGGGAUGAGGACGGUUUUCUGAAGACUGGCGACGUUGGAUAUUUCGAUGACGAUUUUUGCUUGUUCAUCGUGGAUCGCGUCAAAGAGAUGUUCAAGUACAAAGGCAUGCAUUACGUCCCAGCCAAAGUGGAGAAGGUGCUGCAAGGUCAUCCGGACAUCUCGAUGGCCGUCGUCAUCGGUGUUCCGCAUUUCGAGGACGAGAACAGAGCUUUGGCCGUCGUCGUCCUCAAGAAGGACAGUAAACUGACGCCGAAAGAGAUCGAGGAGUUCGCGAAUACAAGAGUGGAUGAGAAGUGGUGGAUAAGAGCUGGAGUCGAGAUCAUCGACACGAUGCCAAUAACACCGUCGAGCAAAAUAAACAGGCGAUUACUCAAACAGAUGUUCAGCAAAAACAACAUUUAUUAAUUGAAAUUACUUAAAUAACUAUAUCAGAGAAGGUCAACAUUCUGAUAGCUUUAUUCCGAUUUCCGACUUUGAAAUUUGUUUUAGAAUAUUUACGAGCGGAAUA